AUGGUUCGCAACAAUCCAGGAUUGAUGAGUGGCUCGUUCUCCAUCUUGGUUCAUAAUCCAAAAGUCCUCGAGUUCGAUAACAAGCGGAAUUAUUUCAGUCAACAGCUUCACAAGGCUCGCUCAAGGGAACAGUAUGGCACGGUUCAACUGAAUGUCCGACGACCACACGUCUUCGAGGACUCAUUCCAUAGUCUUGCUCGAAGAACAGGAGAUGAACUUAAGUAUGGAAAACUCAGUGUGCGGUUCUAUGACGAAGAAGGAGUGGAUGCCGGAGGUGUCACCCGAGAAUGGUUGACAAUCUUAGUCAAGCAGAUGUUGGAUCCAAAUUAUGCACUCUUCACUGGCAGUGCAGCGGAUUCGAAGACCUACCAGCCCAAUCGAGCGAGUGCUAUAAACCCCGACCAUCUUGGAUUCUUCACGUUUUGUGGUCGAGUGAUCGGAAAAGCUCUCUAUGAUGGGCGAGUUGUAGAUGCCUAUUUCACCUUGGCAUUCUAUAAACAUCUCUUGGGGACAUCAGUUGGACUGAGUGAUUUAGAGUCUGUUGAUCCGGAUCAUCAUCGGUCUUUGAAAUGGAUGCUUGAUAAUGAUAUCGAUGGCAUCUUCGAACUAACGUUCAGUGUUGAAGCUGAUGACUUUGGAUCCACUCGAAUUGUCGACCUGAAGCCCGACGGCCGUAACUUACCGGUCACGAACGAAAAUAAGGCUGAGUAUGUGCAAUUACUGGUUCAAAACCGAUUGACACUCUCUAUCAAGGAUCAAAUAGAGGCUUUCAAGAAAGGUUUCGACGAGAUCAUUCCCCGCGACUUAGUACGAAUCUUUUCGGCAACUGAGUUGCAACUCUUGUUGAACGGGCUUCCUGACAUAAAUGUCGAAGAUUGGAGAGCAAACACGGAACUACAUCAAUUCCAACAGUCAGACUCUACAGUGACGUGGUUUUGGAGGGCAGUGCGAUCGUUUGAUCAAGAAGAACGAGCUAAACUGUUACAAUUCUCAACCGGUAGCUCCAGGGUACCAUUAGAGGGCUUUGGAGCACUUCAAGGAGCGCAGGGUGCAACUAAGUUUUCACUCGUCAACGCGCAUACCAAAAACAUCUUACCUAGUGCCCACACGUGUUUCAAUCAAAUAGAUCUACCUUCGUAUGACUCCUAUGAUGAUCUGAGGCGGAUGCUAUUGAUUGCCAUCAAUGAAGGAUCGGAAGGAUUUGGCUUUGCAUGAGAGCGAUAUUGCUGAUAUGGUGGUGAGGGAGGAAGCAGCCUAGUCGUGGUCGUGAUGAGGCGGAUUGUAGCUUAUAUCUUUUAUUCAGGGACUGCCCUAUAUCUAUAAAGAUCGAUACAUACUUAUCAAUCAAUCUUUUCCUAAUAUCUUUCUAUAUGUCUCACUUUUCUGGGUUGUCUGAAUCAGAAUGCCAAGUAGAUGUGUGUGUUCUUGCUGUUAUGUCUUUCAUUUUUUUUGAUGAUAUAUACAUCUAUACUUUAAUCAGUCUGUGCUUGAUGGUUUCUCUGAAGUACAACAAAAGUUGACUGGCAGAGCGUCACACGGGUUUGAGAUUUUUCAAUUUGCUUGCAUCUAUAAAUAGUAACAUACAAAUAGUAACAUACAUACUGAGAGGAGUAAAGUAGGAUUUGUUUGAUUAUUUG